UUGCCGCUGUGUCAUUUUGGUGCCGUUGUUUCAGCAGCUGGCGCCAAUGAGAAGAAGCUGCCCGUAAUUGUGUUCAUACACGGCGAAUCAUUCGAGUGGAGCAGUGGGAAUCCCUACGAUGGCAGCGUGCUGGCCAGCUAUGGCGAAGUGGUGGUCGUGACGCUUAAUUACCGACUCGGAAUACUGGGCUUUCUCAAUGCGAAUCCCAGUCCGCAUGUUCAUGCACGUGUUGCUAAUUAUGGGCUCAUGGACCAGAUGGCAGCGCUCCAUUGGAUUCAGCAGAAUAUACAAAAGUUUGGCGGCGAUCCCAACGUUGUUACCCUAGCAGGUCACGGAACGGGCGCCGCGUGCAUCAAUUAUCUGAUGACCUCGCCCACAAUGGUGCGCGGACUCUUCCAUCGCGCCAUACUGAUGUCUGGAUCGGCAUACUCAUCGUGGGCUCUCGUCGAGGAUCCCGUCCUGUUCGCCAUUAAGCUGGCUAAGGAGGUUAACUGCACAAUUCCCGAGGACUUGAACAGGCAUCACGAGCAGAUUGUCGACUGCCUUCGGGAUGUGCCACUGGAGGACUUAUAUGCCGCCGAUAUACAGGCACCCAACUUCCUAACAUCGUUUGGCCCAUCCGUAAGUUCAUCCAUUCAGACUUUUAUUGGCGACAAGUUUGGCUGCAAAUUAUAA